GUUAAUUGCAGUAGGGGGCGCCUUAAUGAAAAGAUCCCUAACACACCAACAUGUUACAUAAAGUUAAAAAAGGAAUUGACAUAUUAAAGCAGAGACUCAGUCCUUAUUAUAUGGAGACAUUACAGCAGCAUGAGGCUGCAGCUCUGCUCUUUAAUGGAGGGAUGAAAGAAGGAAAUCAACUUCUGGUUCAAAUUCAGUAUGUUCAGUUUUUUUAAGUUUUGGUUUUGUUAAAAAUGGAGAAGGAAACCGCAGGAGGAAGUAAUCAGAGACUCAUCGACCAGCUCUGCCAUUUGAUCUUUUGUCUCUUUGACGUCUGAAGAGUGAAGUCGGUGUGCAGCUCACUGGGACCAGAGCAGAAGAAACUAAAAGGAGCCGACUAGAGGAGGGUUAAAACUAUUUACAUUACUCAGAGAAAGAAAAAGACCAGUCAUCACAAACAAGACAGAGGAGUUGUGCUGGAGCUGAAGAAGGAAGUCAGAACGAGGAGGAGAGAGAGAGAGAUCUCCUGCUUCUGCUGCUCAUCCAGCUCCACCGACUCUGAUCGGGACCUUCGUCAACGCAGCAAAAUGGCACCAGCUGGGAAACGUGAAGGAAGAGAAAGAGAAGAAUCAUGUUUCAGCAGAGCAGCCAGAAGUAUCAGGAGAGCUCUGGCCAGGAUCUGUGGAGGAAGAGAUAGUUCUCCCCCUCCCAACUUAAGAACUAGUCGCCAGUCUCGUUAUCUGGACUCACACUAUGAGUUUCUUUCCAGACGCGGUUCUUCUUUCGUAGACUAUGAGAGUCAAGCCCCACGUCAUGGUGACACCUUUUCAGCGCUUAACUGCCGGUCUGACAGAGACACAUACCAGUGUUUAACUGUUCGUCAGCCCAUUAAGAAAGGGCACUUUCACACAGAUCCAGAUCAUUGUUACUCUUCACUGAGCUACGGUCGUGAAACUGGGCGGCCUCCCCGUCCUUCCGACCAACACCCUUCUUUAUUAAGAGAAUCCCUGAAGAGAAAAUCCAGUGGCAUGAUUCCCAGAAGACAGAAGAUGAAUAAGACUGAUGAUCCCCAUGGCAUUACUUCUAGGACUGAUUCCUCUGACUCCGUGUUAGGUCCACCUCCACCUGGUUCCCUCAGACAAACAGGAAUAAUAAAAAAUCCAGCCGCUUCGACGCCAGGAGUCAAUCAGGAUAUUACCAGAGAAAUGGAGCUGCAUACAACAGCUGGUCCUUCAACCCGUCAGUGCUCAUCCAGCAAUUAUGAUGGUGAUUCAGAAUCUGAUACAUGUUAUCAGAGAGAAAGAGAUAGGGAUGAGCCUUCUCGUAGCCUCUGGUCAGGCUGCCGGGACCAGGAAACUCAUAAAUAUAAACACGCUAGUUUUCUUUGUCCUCCUUUAUCAGACCCUAACUUACAUCUUCCAAUCAGAGAAGACACAGAUGAUGGUGGACCCAGCUUCACUAACUCCAGUUCUGCUGUCAGCAUACCGACUUGCUCUCAGUCCACAGCCCCAGAUGUUGAUGGCCCUCCAUGUCCACAAGUCAGGCCAGCAGUACACAGUCAGUACGCAACUCGCUGCACUGAAGGAAGCAGACCACAAGAUGCAUGUCAGCUCUCGUCUGUGCAGUCUGACAGCGAACCAAUAGGAGACAGAGAUGCUCCGAUGGAAAUGGAGGCCCCUGUUACAGCUGUGAACUGCUCAGUCACUAACACCCUGCCAGCCCCUACUCUCCUCCAAAUCUCCUCCUCAGAUCCUGGUUGGAGUAGAAGAGACUCCAGCCGCCUGCCUCGUUCUGCCAGCAUGCCUUCACUGAGUCAAAUAACCUCUGGAGAGAACAAGACCUUUACACGAGCUGAAAGCGUACCUGACAUGCUGUUAAAAACCAGCUUUGAGGAGUUUACACCUGAUAUCACUGCUGAUGAGACCGAUGAAAGCUACAGGUUCCAGUGCUCCGGGCCAGGCCUGUACCAGUGCAGUGUGACUGGCCUGGUGUUUCACAUGGAGGGAGAAGGGGACGUGGUCUACAGGGUGGUCCCUUGGAACAGGAGGCUGCUGGCCCAGCACCACAAGAAGCCUGCAGGACCCCUGUUUGACAUCAAAUGUCUGCAGCAGUCGGUGUGUCAGCUUCAUCUCCCACACUGUGAGAUCCCCUUCACGGGGGGGCGGGAUUUCUUGUCAGUUGCUCAUGUGAUGGAUGAGGGCGUUGAGUUCAUUGGCCCUCAUAGGAUAACAGACACUCAUGUUAUUAUCAACAUCACAAGGUUUUCUGGUUUCGGUAACGUCAAGGAUGAAGAUUCCCCACCUGCCCCGGUCCGAGCGCUGGUCCUGCUGUUCUACAGGCCCCCAGCUGAUCCUGAUCCCGAAUCCCUCCUCAAUGUGCUGUUGCUGCCGAGGAACGUUGUUCUCGGGAUGUCCUGCGCAUCGGAAGAACAGGAAUACACUCUGUCCACUCGUCCUGAAGACGACUCAGUUCUAGUCCAACCAACAGAAGCAGAGUUUGACUCUGACAACUAUGACAACUUCUUCCCAUCAUUCCAGGUGAGCUUAGAAACAAUAAUGAAACACAUGAAGCUGAUUUUGAGGGACAGCAGCAGCUCCCACAGUGUCUGGGAAAGACGAGUUUGUCUCUCGUCCUCUGGAGUAAGAAGGUCCUGUGGGCCGAGCGCUGGGAGUCUCCGCCCUGAUGACAGGCUGUUGGACAUCCGGAGCAGCUUCAUCGAUGGAUAUCAGGACCUGUUCUCAAGAGUCUGCUGGACCAACUGUUGGAGAAAAAGGUGCUGGCUGAUUCUGAGAGGGAGGCAGCGGACUCAGAGAAAAAAACCAAGAGACAAAGCUCGUUUUGUUGUGGACACAGUGAGGAAGAAAGGUGAAGCUGCUAGUUCAGAGAUGAUUGAGUUCCUCCGUGAGGCCGACCCGUUUCUCUGUGAACAUCUGGGGUUGAUCUGA